CUCUUCAGUCCUUAUGACAUAUAUGUAUGGUUAUUCAUCCUAAUAACCAUUUCGUCUAAAUUGUCAUUCAUAAUUCCAAGGGUUUCACUAUAGUAUUGAGCUACAAGUGCAGUUUCGAAAUGGCUAUCACUUGAUAGUGGAUUGACACUAGGAGGGUGUUAUUAAAACAUCUUUAAAAUUGUUGUGUUUGAAUUGUUGUGCACUUAUGAUGACCAUUUCUAACUUCUUAAUGAAGUAUGGUCCAACUCCAACUCCAACUCCAACCAUAUGUUGUUUUGGUGUAGGUCUAUAUGGUAGGUUGGAUAUAUGAUAAACCGUAUGGCUUGCUACUAAUGCAUUACUAUCAUAGAUGCAACUGUAUUAACGCUCAUAUGGACAACCACUAAGUGAUAUUUUAGUAAUUUAGUAGACAUUAUAUUUGUAGUCUCAAUGUUAAAAUAAAAUAAAACAAUAUAUUCAACUAAUAUCAUACCAGUGUAAGAUCGUUAAACCUAAUCAAUAUUGCUAUGAAUUUCCAAUGAAACUAUUAAAACCUUGUCGAGAUGUUAUUUCCUGUAACAACUAAUUUGUACCAAUCUGUAUGGUGGUGAUCGAUUUUUUCGAUUCCGUCAAGACACUGUUUUAUAAUCUUAAUUUAGGUGAAAAAUAAGAAAGAAUUUGACAAAAAUAAACAAGCCCAAGCCCAAAACGUGCUGGGAAGUAAUAAGAAAAGGGAGGAAAAAAUAACAGAGAAGCUUAUAAGAGCUGAAAAGUCAAAUCACUCCAACUCCAGCUUUCAACAAAACUACAAAAGAAAGAAAACAAAACAAACCCCAAUUUCCCCUCCUUCCUUCGUCUCUUUCACCCUGCACAAGUACUGCCAGACCUCUCCCUAUUUCCCAACCUCUCCCUCUCUCUCCUUGUGUCUUCACCAGUCCCUUUCUUCUCCUCUUGCAAAAGGAAAUCUUCUCCACCAUCAACCCACUGCUCAAUUUCCUUUUCCUUCACUUCCCCCAAGCUCACUCCUCUGUUUUUUCCCCUGUUCCCCCCAUCAUCUUUAGCUCAAUGAUGGCGGUGAAACCAAACCCCAUUGGCUAAACGUUUCCUCCUUUCCCCCCUUUUUCCUCCCCAGCUACAACCCCAUAAGCCUAGAAACAAUGCUGGACCCAGACAGCUACGAUUCUUCCCAUGUUUCAUCUUCAUCAUCAUCUUCUUCUUCUUCAAGCUCUGUUUUCUCUUCUUCCUCUGUUUUUCCGUGGCCGCCGGUCGGGGCGCCUAUGAUGCUGCAGAGAGACCAGGACGACCAUCUGGGACACUUCGACAACUCCGUCAAUGCGGUGUCGUUUGGGUUCGUUGCCACGGCAAUCCUCAUCUCGAUGUUUUUGGUCAUGGCCAUCUUCGAGCGGUUUCUCCGGCCGGGUGGUUCCGGUCAACGGACCGGCGACCUCGAGUCCCAGAUGGGUUACAACUCCAAGCUCCGCCACCCUUCUCCCAAGAUGACGAUAUAUGCAAAUGGGGUAUCGGUGUUGAUGCCUGGAGACAACAUACCUACAUUCAUAGCACAUCCAGCGCCGGUUCCCACCUUUGCUGCCCAACAUCACCAGCCGCCGCCGCUGCCACAACCACCACCUCUUCCUCCUCCUCAGCCGCACCACCAUGAAGCCGCGGAGGAGACACCGGGCUCGUCGUCUCAGGGGGAACUAAGCCGGUGAGGGGUGUUUUGGCUGGGAAAUGGGGAAGCUUUUCUUGUAUAUAUAUGAUAGGGUUGGGUUUGCAUUGCAUGUAUUAGGGUUUUAGUAGUUGGUCGGGGAGUUGUUUUUGAUGAGUUGGGGAAGACGCUCAUUUUUUUUUCCAAAGUAGCAGGCAGAAGUUGGAGAGUUUGGGUCUAUUUUUCACCCUCCGAUUGGAUCUCUAGAGUGAGUUAUUACUAUCUUGUAAACAUUUUGAUCCGGGAGGGGAAUGUAAUUAUGCAUUAAUAUUGAGCAUUGGAAGCUACAUAUGGAACCAUGGUCCCAAAAUGAGUUUCAUUCAAGUUUCUGAUAAGGGUGCGACACAACUCUUUCUAAGGAGCUCGAGAUAGUGGCCCAGUCAUUUCAGAAGAAGGGGUGCAUCUUCACAAAGAGGAGUCGCAAUGAUCGAGCCCGAGUGACUAUUUACAGUAAUAUAGGUUUGCAAAAUGUGAUAAGAACAUGUAUUGAGGUUGACACCCGAUGAAUUAAUGUUCCAUGAGUUUCAAUCAACUAACUAAAAGAAUUUUGAAGAUGUUAUGACAAUACUAACUAAUUGGUCGUUCUAAUCCAAAUUACUAAUCCAACAUAGUCCAAAAAUCACUAAUUACACAUAACCAUAUAUCUAUCAGCAUAUUAGACAAACAUUAAUACAUUUGCAUUGGGGGGAUUGAUACUGAUUGAGUACAUAAUUGAUCAAGUGUAAACUGAUAACAUAAGAGGAUAAUAGAUUUAUAAGUCGUAAUUAAGAGGUAUUUAGGAUUUUAUUUUAUGAAAACAUAAUUUUUUUAGAAUGGAAGUAAAAAAAAAAUUGAAUGUACGUCUCAUGGCCAGUCCCAAUAGGUAAAGGCAGCAACGCCGCUCCCAAAGGCAAUGGAAUAUGAGAACUUCAAACCUCCUUCACAAUCCCCCGUCCGGCGGAGUUGCUCCGGCGAAGGAAUCACCUCGACGCCUUCAAGGGAAUAAAAGGCCUUUGAUUUCCGACGUUUACUCCGGAUCUUACAAGCAUUGUCGAUUCUUUUGCUCGCUCCGAAAUUUUCCAAGUAAGGGAUUCUCGCAAACCCCCCGUCGAAAUAAGAUAAACCCAGUCAAACUAAGCAAAUAAAAGAAUCGCCGGCGGUGACCGGAAGAUCUAAAACAGAGACGAGUUUUCGAAUGUGCGGAGAGUUACUAAUAAACGCAUCUGAACGGUAAACAAAAGAUGCAUCAUCAGCGAAACUCUCAGCAAGAAUUAGUAUCGGCCUCCCAUGAAUCAGGUCAAGCACCGCCACUGUUUUACGAAUGCUCUAAGCUCGCCUGGGAUUAUGAAGGCCUUUUUCAAUCCGAACAUACAACCAAAAACUCAGAUCUAUCGGGAAAAAAACAAUGAAAAGAAGUACAGAGAGAGACAGAGUGAGAAUCAAGUAUUUGAAAGCUCCUAUAGAAACAGUUCUCCUUUUUUUUCCACCAAAAAAUCAGUAAAUAAACACCAGCUAUCUCUGCAGUAGAUAUCAAACAGAUUGGAGGCCGCAGUUUAGUGGUUUGGAGGAGACGAUGGGAGUGUAGUUUUAUAGCUGGCACGGAUUGAGGAUGUGAAACCCUAAAGGCUUUUUUCAAUAAUUGAUUGGGCUUGGUCUGUGGGCUAGUGUUUUAUAGCUUCUUGGGCUGUUAAUUUUUAGUGGACUUAUCAAGCCCGAAUUUAGAAGGCCUCAUCUGGACGCGAGAGAAAGGAUCUUAGGAUCCCACACCGGCCCGUUUGGUCAUAUAAUUUCGGUAAUUAGUGUCAUAAAGUUCUGGACUUUGU